AUGCAAACAUCUGAGACAUUUAGGAUUUGUGAUAUUAUUCAUGAUAUGAGACAUAAUUACUCUGUGGGAAUUACUGUGGCUGGGGCAUGGAAGGCAAAGCCGAUAGAAAAGAAGAUAAUUGAAGGAGAUGCAGACAAGCAAUAUGCAAACUUAUGGGGAUAUGCUACAGAGUUGCAAAGGGUAAAUGUUGGGAAUAUUUUGAAGAUCAACAUUGACCGACCAAACCCAUCAAUUCAACCAAGGUUUGGAUCUUUUUACUUUUGUUUUGAUGGUAGUAAAAAAGGAUUCAUAAAUGGAUGCAGUCCAUUUGUUGGGGUUGAUGGAUGCCAUUUGAAGACCAAAUAUGGUGGUCAAGUUUUAAUUAAUAUGGGUAGGGACACCAAUGACCAAUACUUCCCAUUAGCCUUUGGUGUUGUGGAAACUGAAACAAAAGACAGUUGA